GUUUUUCAUAUAAACCAGAAUUCAUCAACGUUAGUUUUUCAAAGUCAAACGACCCAAAUCUUAUCACAGCUAAAGUUCGAUGGCGUUUACGUAUAUUGUGUCGAAGGGAUCCUGCUGUUCACCUUCGUGUUUUGUUGUCAGGAACGGCAAAAUUAGAGGUAAUGUGGUUGCGGGAACGCCGUUUUUUAGCCACUGUGCAGGGUUUAUGAUAGCCUGCGAACAGGCUCUCAAGGUGAAAUGAGAGCCUGCACUGAUGAUAUACAAUUUUGAAUAUCUGCCCCGUAACGUUCGUUUUUCUAAAUAUGGAAUGUCUAUCCUUAUAUGGUGUUGUUGACAACUUUCGUGCAAACUAAGGGGCCGAUUACGUGGAGCAUUUUCAACCCCGGGGUUGAAGUCAGCCCUGUUAACCGGGUUGAAAUUUUUUGCGAUUACAUGGACGAUUUCAACCCCGGGGUUAAAACGUUAUACUGUACGUUCUCGGCAUCGAUUCGUGGAAGUAAAAAAGCCUUUAUUUUGUUUUCUUGUAAUAAAUAGUCACUACCACGCAUGCUCGAAUAACUGAUGAUAAUUUCAGCCCUGGGUUGAAACGAUUACAUGACAAAAUUUUCAACCCAGGGCUGAGUUCAACCCCGGGGUUGAAAUUUCAAGCUAGUUGAAGCAGGGUUGAAAUUUCAACCCCGAGGUUGAACUCAGCCCUGGUUGAAAAUUUUGUCAUGUAAUCGCGCGUUUGAUUUUGAUAGAGUUUUGUAUUACAGACAGGGCUGAAAUUUCAACCCGGUAAACAGGGAUGAGUUCAACCCUGGGGUUGAAAAAGCUCCAUGUAAUCGGCCCCUAGAUUUAGCCCGUGGAAACUAAUUUUAGACCGAACAGUUUAUACUGUUUUUCGAAGUAUAAGAUAUUCAAGCAAAAGUUUAAAUGUUUUAAGUACUGUUUUCUCAAAACAGAACAUUUCGUGCUUUGAGAUAAGAUGGCCAAGACCAAUUUGAUCAGUUAAUGUGUUUUUUAUGGAUAGUGCUUCAGCAGUUGACAUAUAUAGAGCCCAGCGGAAACAUAUAAAUUAUAGCAUCUGACCAAUGAGAAUUUCGCGUCACGAUUUGAGACGCAGAUAGUCAAAUUCAUUAGUCAUCGAUGCAGGCUCUCAUUUCACCUUGAGAGCCUGUUCGCAGGCUAGGUUUAUGAAAAAUCUACACAGUUUGAGACAGGGUCUUCUUAGCUAGGAUUUUAUAUCUUGGGCGUGUUUCUAAAUUACCAAAGUGUGCACAAGUCAAUAAUUACCUUGAAUACUCAGAUUCACGGUUAUAGUUAUGGCUCGCCAACAACAGACAAUGCCUGUGGUUCUUCUGCGCUUCGGAACCAAAUACAAGGCAUUAAUACGACAUUAAAAUAUUAAUUUAGUUCAGCAACUCUUGGGGGUGUAUUUAAAACCAUUUUACAGUAACACCAUAUCCAUCAAAACAUUAAAACAUCACGGAUCAGUUUUGCUAAUUUCAACAACUACAGUAGAUUUUACGAACUUUCGUACGACGUAAAUAGGAAGAAAUUGUGUUUGUUCUAAGCAGUAACACCUUAUUUUAUGAACCUACGUUGUUCACCGCGGCCUUAUGUAUUUUUGAAGCAGCGUUCAUUUUAUCUAGCCAUGUUUUUCCAUUUUUGGCCGCGAUAACACGGCCAACACGGCCCUCUAGCUCAGGGCGCUUUCCAUUAAAUGGCCUGACCGGUCACACCCAAAUUGUUUUUCUUUGCAUCAAUAGAAAGAUGUGGUCUACGUUUCUCAAAUAUCUAGCUAAAAUAGACAUCAUUCAAAUGUUAUCUAAAUUUUCCAGUCAGAUACGUCCGAAGCCCAAAUGUUUUUUGUUCCAUUGAACAAUUUGACUGUUCUGACCGGUCUGUGCGUGUUAAUGGAAAGCGCCCUAAGACCCUGGUUUGAGAAUGUUCGCUAAACUGCAAAUUCCGUAACAUUUGUGAAAACUUUAUGCGUGCAUGGGUAGUUGAGGUCUGCUAGUAUCUUAGUGAAUUUUCAGUGCAGGAGGGUUGGUUUUAAAAACCACUUUAAAAACGCAAUUGAAGUCAUACGGUGCAAAUUUAGAUGGUAUUUUAUGAACUAUCAAAGUACCAGACAAUUUGAUGUACAUUAAGUCCAACCAUAGCCUAUCGAAGGGAAGACACCUGUGAAACUCGUUAUAGUAACAAUAUAACUCAUUAUCGUUCACCGUCACGUGUGCAUAUUGUAUUUUUGCCCAACUAACCAAUAGAAAUAGUUACCUAUCCGUAACUCCAACAAUAGGGAAAUUGGAAAUUGCUAUUGGUGGAUUUGGAAAAAAUACAAUACACACGUGACGGUGAAGGACCAGAUUUAUGAAUAAACGUUGACUAACAUAGAUAAUGAGUUACAUAAUUGUUAUUCUAAUGAGUUUCGCUUUCUAUCUUCCCUUCGAUAGACCAUGGUCCAACGUGCGACCUUUAAAACUUGGACUUUUUUACUAUAGUACUUCAGUAGUUUUUCACGCAUAAUUGAACACACGCAUGACUGAUUUUAUGCAUGAUUGAUAUCUUACAUAUUCUUUACAAAAAGUUAAAAAAAAAUUAUGCGUGAAUGGCUACUAUGGCAAAAAUGUCCAAGUUUUAGAGGUCCCGUGUUGGACGUAAUGUACAUUAAAUUUUCUGGUACUUUGAUAGUUCAUAAAACACCUAAAUUUUUCACUCUAUGAAUUCAAAUUGCGUUCCACGCCUUCCAUUUUUGUGCGCAAGCCAUUUUUAAUUAAAGUGGUUUUUCAAACAACAGUUUGCUUUCAUGCGGCAACAGAUUGGAAUAAUUUGCGACCUAAUAUAAUGUUUGACAGUUAACUGGUUUGACUGGCUUCAAAAGAAUGCUAUAUAACCAUGGCUUCUGGAUUGUCUGAAUAAAAAUAUAUCAACCGUGGCCUCUCUUUCCCCUAAAAUGUAGGCUAUUACCCGUGAAUAACUAAUGAGGUUGCACCAAAAUGGUUGCCACAAGUCUCAUUAUCUGGUGUUUAAUGAACAAAAAAUUUUAUUUAGAUAAGUCUAGACAAAAAUUUCAUCACAGUUUGAAAGAGCAUCACAAAAUUCGUGAUAUUCCGAAGAUUCGUUGCGAAAUGUUGUAAAAUGAGGACAAUAUAACCUUGCGAAGUUUGCCGUUUUUCAGUCACUUUGUAUUACGCGCGGGAAAUUGAUACCUUUUUCAGAAAGAGGUAUCAAUUUCCCGUGCGUAAUACAAAAUGACUGAAAAACGGCAAACUUCGCAGGGCUAUAUUAUCCGCAUUUUACAACAUUUCGCAACGAAAUUUCGGAAUAUUACUAAUUUUGUGAUGCUCUUUCAAGCUGUGAUGAAAUUUUUGUCUACACUUGUCUAGAUCAAAAUUUUCUUCAUUAGGGAACAGGUCCAUCACUGUAAAACGUUCUAAAACUCAUUAGAAUUAGAGAUGUGGGAAGCUAUAUCUUUCAAGUUAAAUAGGACCCGAUUUCCAUAGAUUUUGACUGAAAUCCUAUAUCAUUAUUGAUCCUAUAUCAGAAUUGCCUGAUUGGAUUCAAAAAGGUAUUCUUCCCAGUAGGUUAGUACAUAGGUUUCAAAUCCAGUCUCAAUUUAGAACCCCAUUGUAAUAAGCCCCCAGUCGAGAACCAGCAGUAAACACGAAGCUCUAGGAAGAUGUUCUGUGACUGCAUGGUUGAUUAUGACAAUGACAAAAGACGUAAUUGGCUUACAUAAACAAAAGGAAUAUUGUUCUUGCUUCGUUCUUUAGAAAAUCCAUUCUAUAUCUUAUUCUUUUGUUAUUGUCAUAAUCAUGCAACCAAUCAUAGAACAUCUUCCUAGAGCUUCGUGCCGAUCCAGAACCAGUGGAAAAUAAAUCCCCAUGGGGAUGACCUUUCGGACCAUAUUGCUCCAAGGGGUGGGGCCCGGGAGUAAUGGUAACCAGCCUACUGUUUCUUUUUUGUAUAGAAAAAUAUCCCCAAGUUUAAAUAUGUUGCUUCUGACUCAACCAAAUUGUAUGCAGACGAUGAAACCUCAUUUCCGGACCUUGUUCCGUAUUCAAACUAUGCUCUUCAAUUUAUAACGGAUGAUCAUUCUAACGAUGCAAAGAACCGCGUCACAACCACUAAGAGCUUUAGAACUCCCCAUGGAGGUAAAUAUGACAUACUUUUGACAAUUUUUCCUUGCUUGGAACGUUGUUCUAAGGCGCUAUUGCACCAUGCCAUACGUCUCGCAGUUUUGUUGCGACACAAGUUGCACGCGAAAUUGCAAGGACAGCAAGGCGUAUCAUGCCUCGCAAUCAAUAGAGUUACUCCAAGUCUCUCUUUCAUUGUCAUAUAGUAUCGAUCCAUUAUAACGAACAUUACAUCACGUAGUACGGAGGGGCGGAGCGAGAAAGAGACUUGUCAACUUCGGAAAGUAUCGGUUCAAAACUGAACCGAAAAUGCAAGACUUGCUUCAAUUGUUUUCUCUCAGUGUUUAUAUGUAUUUAUCUAGCGCAGUGUAAAUAACAUGAGUUCCAUAAUAGUAAAUAAUACAGAAAGAAAUUGAAGGAAAGCAAUUAAAGCAAGUCUUGCAUUUUCGGUUCAGUUUUGAACCGAGAUUUUCCGAAGUUGACAAGUCUCUCUUCUCACUCCGCCUCUCCGUGCUACGCCAUGUAAUGUGCACUAUAGUGGAUCGAUACUAUAUGACAAUGAAAGAGAGACUUUUGGAGCGAGUCUACGCAAUCAACAAGUCUCGCAAUAUUCGUGUUGCAACAACCAUUGCAUUGUAACAUCCCUCUUGCAACUACUCUCACAAUGUUUAUACACUGCGUGAAUGGCUUCCUAUUGGAUUUUGACUGACAAUCUGGCGCCAAACGUUAGCACUUGCGCUUUUUAUACUAUUUUUAAUAAUGAUCAUUGCAAGUUGCAUGGAACAUUGCUCGGUGUAACAUCCCCUGCAAUGCAAUGCUGAAAUCGUUUUUGUUAACAUUGCGUUAAGUUCCGAGAAAAGUUGCUUAAAGGCGCUGUUACACUAAGCAACUUGUCUCGGAACUUGUCUCGCAAUGUUGACAAAAAAAAUUCAGGAUUGCAUUGCAAGGGAUGUUACACCAAGCAAUAUAUUCCAUGCAACUUGCAAUGAUCAUUAUUAAAAAAAAACCCCCGCGAGUGCUAUUAACGUUUGUCGCCAUAUUGUCAGUCAAAGGCCAAUAGGGAGCCAUUAAGUGCAUAAGCAUUGCGGGACUAGUUGCAAGAGGAAUGUUACACUGUGCAAUGCCCUAAAAAUGCAUUGCAGCGUUGCCGCAAUCGUUGCAAAUAGUACAACCUGAUUCUAGUUCGUGCAAGGUUGUUGCAACAAAAAUAUUGCGAGACUUGUUGAUUGCGAGGCAUGAUACACCUUGCAAUUUCGCGUGCAAUUUGUGUCGCAACAAAAUUGCAAGACAAGUUGGAGACAAAUUGCAUAGUGUAACAGCGCCUUAACGUGCCUAUGACACGAAAUUUCACCCCAAAUGUUUAUGAUUGCAUUGUAAAGAUCACUUAAAAUGACUUAAUAAUUUCUUUUAUAGAAUUUUGGUAACUUGCUUCCUUUGCAAGAUAUUCAACUUUGUUUCAUAUGCAAAUAUCACCGGUGUGACAUCACAUCGCAUAAUGACAUUUUGAAAACGCAAUAUUAUACCAUGAUAAAAUAUUUUUACAAACAAAUACAGAGGGUUAAUUACCAGUUAUGAAAUUGAUACAUAUACUAGGGCAAUUUUAAAGUUUUUUAGAUACGUAUUCGUCAAGAAAACUAUACUUUUCUGAAAACUCAUUAUGCGAUGUGAUGUCACACCGGUGAUAUUUGCACAUGAAACAAAGUUGAAUAUCUUGCAAAGGAAGCAAGUUACCAAAAUUCUAUAAAAGAAAUUAUUAUUCAGUUUUCGUAAACUAGUGUUCUGAUUGGUCGAUUUGUACCACGUGACUUACUUUUACAUAACAACAAUGCACGGCCGUGCAUUAUAGCCGUGCAUGAACUUUUUAUCGCACUGCAAGAUGGCUGCUGAGUGUGAAAAGUUUUUGGAAUUGUCCUCUGAGGAAAUAGAAGCGAUAAUUUCGGAGGCAACGCCAACAAACACAAAAAGAGCAACGGUAUGGGGUGUUUCGCUAUUUAAAGGUGAGUUGUUGUUGUUUUUUGUGUAGUUUACACGGUUAAAGGUGAUCAAAAGAGAACCAAAAUCGAAAUAUAUUUAACCCUUGGCUUUCAUGCAAGUUACAAACUUUUUAUGCAUUUAACAGAUUGGUUGUCAAAAAAAUUCCCAGAAGAAACAUUGGAAAGUUUAUCCUCUGACAUCCUCUGCGAAAGGCUUAUAAAGUUUUAUCAAGAGCUGAAGAAAACACCGACACAGCAUUACAGUCGUUCGGCGCAUUUGUCCAUUGUGCUGCACUAGAUAGACAUCUUUCUGCAUUGCCAGAGUUUAACAGCAUUUCAAUCAUCCGAGACCACAAGUUCAAAGCUGCAAACAAGUCACUCAAUGCGAAGCUAAAACUGAUAAAAGCACAGGGACAGGGUAAAGUUUGUCAUCACCCGUCUAUUUCGGCCGAAGAUAUCAAAAAGUGCUACGAAACCAAAGUGUUUGGAGAUGAAUCGCCAUUAAGUUUACUUCGAGUGAACUGGUUCAAUAUAAGCUUGCACUUUUGCCGCCGUGGUCGAGAAAACCAAAGGUCCCUUACAAAAGAAAGUUUCGAGAUUAAAACGGAUGCAACUGGAAAUGAGUAUGUGGCAAUGGCAGUAAGCGAAAGCACGAAAAAUCAUCAAGGCGGGCUUGGAGAUAAAGCUAUUGACGAAGGAGACCCGAAAAUGUUCAGCAAUGGGAAAUCAACAUGUCUGGUGAGAUAUUUUAAAAAGCUUCUCGCUGUCUUGAAUCCAAAACAAAAUGCUUUAUUCCAAAAGCCGAAAAGAAAUUUCAUGUCUGGUGAUCAAAUAUGGUUCGAAAACUGUCCAAUUGGUGUGAACAAAAUAGGAUCAAUGAUGAAAGAAAUUUCAAAAGAUGCGAAUUUAAGCCAUGUUUACAGCAACCAUUGCGUGAGGUCAACAACCGUCACAGUUUUGGAUGCCGCUGGGAUUCCCAUCCACAGAAUCAUGCAAACGUCAGGCCACAGGAAUGAAUCAAGUGUCAAGUUCUACUGUGAUCGGCAAACUUUGGAGAAGGAAAAGGAAUCGUCAAAUAUCCUCGCGAGAUUUGGGAACGAAUUGCCAGCACAAGCACGGCAGGAGCUCGAACAAGAAGGCAACACACAGUCACAGCAAGCCCAAAGUCAAGUGCAAAACAACAUUGUGGCCAAUGUUAACCAUUCUCCUACUUUAAAUUUGCUACGAAGUGCUGAAUUUAAUAACUGCAAUAUUACAUUGAAUAUCGUUAAAAACAGUAAGUGAACAGUUUAGCUGUUUAGUGUUAACAAAAAUGUUGCGUGUUAAUAAUGGUUUACUUGAACUUCACUUACAUAUUAAAAAUCUUUAUUUAAUAAUUUUUCUCAAUUUGAAAAUUAUACUGACUUUUAUUGUAAUUAUAAAUUUUGUAAUUAUAAAAUUUGGUUUAUGUAAAUAUGAAUUAUUUGGUUUAAAUAAAAAAAUGUUCUUGAGAAAUGCCUUAUCAACUGUGGUGUUUCUUUUUGCAUAUUUCUUUUUUGCAUACAUAUACAGUAUGAAAUGCUUGUUCUUUUAUGGUUUACUCAAACUGAAUAUUAAAACGUUUAAAGCACUCUUUGUUCGUGCAUUAUCGGGAUUUACAAGCACUCGUCCACGAACAAGAAACUCGAAAUUUAACACUGCACUCGGCUGCGCCUCGUGCAGUGUUAAAUUUCUUGUUUCUUGUUCGUGAACUCGUGCUUGUAAAUCCCGAUAAUGCACUCUAAGAGUGCUGUAAUCCUUAAUUAUUAAGUCGUUUUAAGUGAUCUUUACAAUGGAACCAUAAACCUUUGGGGUGAAAUUUCGUGUCAUAGGCACUUUAAGCCUAGUUUCCAUUUGGUCGUUAGUUGUCGUUGGCACGACACGUGGCUGAUGUGAUAGAGUGUCAACAAAACUUUAUAAAACUCUGCAAUCAUUAAGACUGAUUUGCAUAUAACACACACAAAGACUAGUAUUAUAUUAGACUAUUUCACAUCUACCGCUUGUCGUGCCAGCGACAACUAACGACCAAAUGGAAACUAGGCUUUAGUUUUAAAGUGCCAAUGCAACGAAAUUUUCACCUCAUUUUUUUAUUGUUUUUUUUCUAAAAAGUACUGCUGGAGUGAUGAAGAAUGACGUUUACAGUUUCGUCAUAUCUCAUCUCAUUCUCAAGUUAUCGCACUUUCUAUAUUUUGAGUUGUGACGUCACAAGUAUUAGUUGAGAUAAUGGCAAUAACAAGAAAGUAUGAUAUCUUGAUGAGUAUGUAAUAAAAUUUAAUGAAACGUGGUGCACUUAGUGGGUGCAACAAAGUCAACAAUUUGGCUUGUUUGUAUGGUUGUUAUGGCAACACACUCGUCCCCAGUCCUGUCUCUUGUAAUUUCUAUAUGAUCCAUUUUCAACGAAAUAAAUAGCAAUUUCUACAAUUUUCGCUUAUUACUAUAAUACGUGUAGGUAUUGGUAUCAGUUUAUACAGUUAUAAUAUGUAAACAUCCUCUGCAAAAGGUCCACGGGAGGAAAGUUGUGAAAGGAAGAGAAGAGACUGGGGACUAGCGUGUUGCCAUGACAACCACAUGACCUACCAGAAAUAUUCAUAGGAGUGUACCCACUAAGUGUACCAAGUUUCAUUGAAUUUUAUUAAAUAUUCACCAAGAUAUCAUACUUUCUUGUUAUUGCCAUUAUCUCAACUCAUACUUGUCAGGUCACAACUCAAAAUCUAGAAAGUGUGAUAACUUGAGAAUGAGUUGAGAUAUGACGAAACUGUAAACGGCAUUCUUCAUCACUCCAGCAGUACUUUUUAGAAAAACAAUAAAAAAUUAAGUGAAAAAUUUGUUGCAUAGGCACUUUAUUAACAGCGCCUUGGCUAGUCAUGCCAGCUUUUCGACCAGGAAAAUGUGGUCGUGUGUAAUGCCUCCAAGGAAAACUUGACAAGUUUACAAGAAAUUAAAUUAUACUGUGCACGAUCAGAAAUUGCGGUCACCAAUUGAGAGCUUGGUGUUCCAGACGAAAGAUUAAAUAAAAAAAUAAAAUUAAAAUUCUUUUGAAUUGGAACACCAACAUGGCGGCUGUGACGUCAUGUGUAAACGCUUUAUAGUCGGCAAAGGUUUUGAUUAAUCGGUAGAAUUUCGAGAUUAAGAAAAAGAUAAAGAGCCACGAAAAAUAUUAGGUUACUGGAACAUAGAACCCCUGCGCCCCUCCCCUUCUACAUUCCUGGGUGUCGACAAGGCCAGAGUUGACCAGGGUUUGUAGAAAACUUGAAAGCCUUGAAUGUCCUUGAAUUUGAAGACAAAAAUUCAAGGCCUUGAAUAUCCUGGAAUUUGUAAAAAAAUACUUGAAAAUUCUUGAAUUCUUCUUGCUUUAGUUUAUGGGAUAUUUUUUGAACUUGUUUGACAUUCAAAAACGGACAUUUUUUUAAUUGAUUUUGCACGUCCGUAUCUGACAAAGCUGUUUGAAAUUCAUUAAAGUUGCGUUUUGGACAAUUCAACGUGACAUUGUACUGAUUUCUAAGCCUUUUUUUAGGUGUUUAGUGCUUGAAUUUGCUGAUACAUAUGUCUUGAAUGUCCUUGAAAGUCCUUGAAUUUGACUCUUCCUGAUAUGUACCAACCUUGUUGUAUUAUUUGUCUUUUCAGUGCCAACCUCCAGGCCAACAAUACGGCCAAUAGUUCGUGGAGUGAAUGAUUGCAUUGAAAACAAAAGAAAUGUCACGGUUGUGUGGACGGUAAGGCGAGACUUUUUUAUGUAUUGGUUUACGCGGAUUUGACUUAAAAAAAACCUCAGGUCGGUUGGUCGUGAAAAACAGGUCGGGAAAAAAUUUCAUUUGUCUCAGCUCUUUAAAAUCGAUGUUUUUAUCUUCUAAACAUUCAACUUCAACUUGGAAAAACAUGGCUAAUCUCCAUAUUGAUUGUCACAACGAUAACAUGAGCCAACAGUACUUAGUUAAAGUUUACUUGGCGUAUACUUCAUGUCAGAACUAAAAUUAACUAAAAUCGUAAAAUUGUUGACAUUCAAAUUUUUGUAUUUUAUUUUUCACUUUCGGAAUAUUUACCGUCGACGGAUCCGUAAACCAAUGAAUAAAUAAGUCUCGCCUAAGUGUAGUACGAAAGAUAAGUAAAAGAUGAGUUUGAUAAAGUCUUGAUCAAAGGUAAGAAUAAAAGAUGAGCUGUUUCAGGCUGCUAUACCGGGUGGCCCAAAAAAAAGUACUCCGGUUUGAUUUAUAAUAACUUCUAAACAAGUAAAGCUAUCAAACAGAAAUAACUUGCAUUAAAUAGAGGAAGGACUAACUUAGAUUUUGAUAUGUUACAGUUGUAUUUUACUUAAAAAUUCACGGAGAUAUUAAUGUUCAAACUCGGGAGCAUAUUUUGGGAUGUGUCUAAAAUUAGCGAAAAUCGGCGUAUCAAAUUUUAACUCCAGCGUUUGUUUGCUUAAUGACAUAUCAGGGUAAAUUGUAUUUCAGCGAAUUGUCGUUAGGGUUUGUAAGGGAUAUGGCGUAGAUUUAGACAUCUUACAUGUAAGUCUUAACUUAUUGUUUCCUGAAAUAUGAACGUUCGAAAUUAUGUAAGUAUUUAAUAGGUCUUUGCAAACUUAAGGUACUGAAAGACCAUGCAAGGCAGGCGCUUCAAUUUUUCUUAAAUAACCUAUUUUUUUAUGUUUUUCAUGGGUUCAAAACGAAGUUGAUUAUUUCUCGGUUAAAGCAGAAUUAAUAGAUAUAAUAAUACUUUCAUAAUAAACAAUUUGUCAAGUGUCAUUUAUUUACUGGUAAUAGUGCAUGUUUCAGUCGGGCAAAUCUUGAUUAAUAUUUGAUACGCCGAUUUUUGCAUAUUUCAGACACAUCCAGAAAUAUCCUCCCGAAUUUAAAGAUUAAUAUCUCCGUGAAUUUUUAAGUGAAAUACAACUGUAAUAUAUCAAAGUCUAAGUUAGUCCUUCCUCUAUUUGAUGCAAGUUAUUUCUCUUUAAAAGCUAUACUUGUUUAGAUGUUAUUACGAAUCAAACAGGAGUACUUUUUUUUGGGCCACCCGGUAUGUAUAGGUAAUAGCAUGGUUUCGAGUGCAAUUUGGAUAUAACAUGCACGAGUGAGUUUUUCAAAGACCUCAAAAUAGCACGAGUCCGAAGGACGAGUGCUAUUUGAGGUCUUUGAAAAACUCACGAGUGCAUGUUAUAUCCAAAUUGCACUCGAAACCAUGCUAUUACUUAUUAAUAAUUUACAUAAAAAUGUUCGAGACAAUUGUAGUUCUAACUUACGCGUUUAUAGCGAACAUUCCACUGGCAAAAUUUUCCUGGCUUUAUUAUAUCACAUUAUACAACGCUAACAGCUUGAAAAUUCCACUCAACUAUGUAAUUUUUGUUAGUCUUGUUUAAGAUAAAUGCUUUUCCAUUUAAAAAUAAAGAUAAAAGCCAUAUUCUCCACGCGAAAGCAACUUUUACUUUGUGUAGCGCGGCGCCAUGUUUGUUUUUACUUUUGAAGCAAUCUGUGACCGUUAUUACUUCUUUAAACUAAAUUGCUUUAAACUGAUUGGCCGAUUUAAUCAUCACAAUGAUUUUCCAUCAAUCAGAUCAGUUUGUUACAGAUUUUUGCACUGUGAUUAUAGAAAAUUGCACUGUGAUUACAAAAAAUUGCACUGUGAUUACAGAAAAUUGCACUGUGAUUACAGAAAAUUGCACUGCUGUUUGGGAUUAACUGCACUGAAAUCAACCAAUCACAGUCGAGUAAUAUCUUUAUGUAUAUUAUUAAUAUAUAAAUCGCGUACUUACCGGAGGUCUGUUACGGUCUCGUACUUCUUUGUUUUCAACGUGAUAUUAUUAUAUUUUAUUACAGCCUCCACCCGUCAAAGGCAGGAAUGGCAUAAUAAGAAAUAUGACUGUGAAAUAUUUUAAGAAGAAAUCCGUUCCACAACUGAUUUUUUUGCCCAACGUUACGAGUACUGUGAUCUUUGGAUUAGACUGUGAUGUCGAGUAUCAGGUUCAGGUGCGAGCGUGUAUGCAUGUGAACGAAAGUUGCAGCCCUUACAGUGACGCUCAAGUUAUUCCAAUUCAAUGUAAGUCGAUCUCAGGGGGGCAGAGAAUCUUUUUGGCAACUGCUCCUUGUUAGGUCCAAGUGUUUAGAAGUCUAAUUUUGAGUCUUCUUCUGAGUCGUUUAAGUGAAUCAUCAGUUUUGCAUUGCACACGUUUACUGCGUAUAUCUAAUAACAAAUUCUAGCUAAUAUAUGUGGUCGAAUUGCAAUGUAAAGUGACAAAGAAAGAGUAAGGGCAAAGAGAAAAACACUCUGCAUACCUGUAAAAAUGACAGAACUCUGGCUAGGGCUCCUUGUGCAACUAACACUAAACCAUAUCAUGUUGCAUGUUUAUCCCUUGUAUCUUUUUAAUUAAGAAGGUCCAUGACCCCACUUUUGUAUUUUGUUCUUCAUCUAUACGUUUUACAUGUCAUACAUUUUUUGCGCACGCUUCCCAAAAUAACAUGUCUGAGAAGAUGGGAAGACAUUUUUGCAACACCAGAAUGCACGUCACUCAAUAGUUUUUGACUCGCUAAAAUACCAUGUUUUCUUGUAUAUAAUCACUAUAGAUAGACAUUUUAGUAGGAUCAUUGUUAAAAAUUUAAUAAAGGAUAAGCAAUUGCGUUGUUCCUGUAACUGGUAAAUGGGUCAAGAUGGCGCCAGAUGAGGCAAAAGGUGACAUAUUGCACUUGUCAUAUCUUCAAAACGAAUUUGGUGACCCCAACUUUUUUCCGAACUCCUUUAACUCAAAACCGACUUGACAAUUCGCACCACUCGCUUUAAUAUCUUAUAUAUAAUAUGCUUUUUUACGAUAUUUCUACAACAGAAUCAGAGGUACCAACAGAACUUUAUAAAUACAUAUAGGCCUACUCUAACAUGUACUAGUUAAAACAAACGCAUCGUAACAUAUACUCUAACAUAUACUCUAACAUAUACUCUAACAUAUACUCUAACAUAUAUAGAGGAUAUUACACGUGGUGAAAACAAUAUUUUGCGAACGAGCGCAGUGAGUGAGUGAAAUAUUGUUUUUAACACGAGAAGAUAAAAGCCAUAUCUUCAAGUCACCAUGUAAUGUUCUGUUGAUUUUAUAGUCCCAAGCAAAAAAUGUAUAAAUACUAAAAGCCACGUGAUCGAUAUCUUCACUAGUGAAGAUAUGGAAAAUAUCUCAAUGUGCAUUUUUCAGUAUUUUACUCUCUACUAUAUAAUAAAUUAUAACAUAUACUCUAACUAUUCUCUAACACCUCGGCGUCGGGAAAUUUAAUCGCUAAUUUCCCGACUAGUCAUGUUAUUAGUUUGUAAUAUUACGAUCGCCGACGAAAACUCAAAAACGUUUGCUGCAGAGAUAAGUUUAGCUGUUUGAUUUUGUAUUUUUCAAUGAAGUUGUUUAUGAGUUUGACUAUUGAUUGAAAUAAGUGUACCUUUGGGACAUGCUUUGUUGUUGUGAGACUUAUGUAAAUCACUGCAUUGAUUUUAAACUUAGUUUUCGAAUAUGGCUGCAACUGGAAGGUUCUAUUUUGUGUCAGACCGGACAGUUGAAAAUGUUCAAAAAGAUAGAGUGCCAAAGAAUACCAUAAGGCACACUACGUGGAGUACAAAUGUGUACAACGCGUGGGUUAAAGAGAGGAACGAGCAGUUUAAAGAUUUUCAGGCAGAAAGAAACGAAUUUCAGAGAAUCUAUAAAUCUAAGUGGUUUGCUUCAAGGAGCCACUGCUAGUCACGUAAAUAUAAACAUAAAUAUAAACGGACGUUGAUAGCAUGAAUUUUACAGUUGGUCUUGAGUUGGAGUUUGACGUUUAAUUGUUGAGCAAAGUCAUACUUGUGUACAUUAAAAAUUUAAUAUGUUGAAUAAAAUUGUUGAGUGCUUUAGGUUUUCCGUUUGCAUUAAAUAUGGAAGCGGGAAAUUUAGUAAAAGACGAAGGAUUUCUUUGUGUACUAAUCAUCCCGUGCAUUUUUUGAUGAGGGAAGAUUAAUAGACAAAGAAAUCUUUUGUUUUUUACUAAAUUUCCCGGAAAUUUAGUAGACAAAGCGAAAUAUUCCCUGUUGCAUGCGUAAUGAGGAAAAUACGGGAUUUAAAUUCCCUAUGAGAACAAUAGAAAACGAGGCGAUCAUGAUAUUAUCUAACAUAUACUCUAACACAUACUCGAUUGUAACAAAAAAUUCCACUAGGGUGUAACUUUCAGAAAGUUGGCCGGUUCUCUAUUAUGGAACAACGGUGAAAAGAAUAAUUGUUUUUGUUUGUGGAAACACCACGUAAAUUUAUUACUGCAAAGCUUUCGAUCCGCGUAAGCCCGGAUCUUCAUCAGUGCUAAUAAUAUGUAUAUAUUCUAAUAAUAAUAUUCAAAGAACUUAUAACGGUGAAAAGGUUGGAAGAAAAAUUGAAAAUUAUUUUCUUUCAGUUAGAGAUGAUGGAACCGAAACGCCAGAUGGAAGUAAUGUUUUUUUGUGGGCCAGUGUUGGUGUUGGUUUGCCAGUGACCCUUGUUGCUUUAGCAGCAUGUCAAUACAUAUAUCGCAGGUAGACGGUUUGUGUCUCAUUAUCGUGAUCAAUCGCCACAAUUAUCAUCAUCAUUAUUGCCAUUAUCAUUUUCAUCAUCAUUAUCAUCAUUAUCAUCACUACCAGCACCAUCACAACCAUCAUCACGACGAUCAUCAUUAUCAUCAUCAUCAUCAUCAUCACCACAAGCGGAAGAUUAUCUACAGGGCUAACCAGGAGCACCAUCAUCAUCACCACAAGCGGAAGAUUAUUUUCAGGGCUAACUAGGAGCACCUGUGAAGCUAGGCUCAUCCGCUAUCGAGCGAGAUGCCCCAUAUCUCGAUAUUAGCCCAUGCCUCGCACUGACAUCACCCACCAUGUAUUUGUUACAAGAACGUGUGGUUAGAGCGCUGCAUCGGAAUAUCCAGUAUAAAUAAAGUUAGUUUAGUUUGGACCUCUAGGAAGGAGAGUUUGGAACUGAUAGAGCUAUCCAGUAUAAAUAUAAAGUUAAUUUUGGUUUCCUGCUGUAGUAACACUGGAUCAAUAAGAGAUGAUCCUUACUGGACCUCUAGGAAGAACAGUUUAGAACUGAUAGAGCUAUCCAGUAUAAAUAAAGUUAGUUUAGUUUAGGUUUCCUCCUGUAGUAACACUGGAUCAAUAAGAGAUGAUCCUUACUGGACAGCUAGGAAGAACAGUUUAGAACUGAUAGAGCUAUCCAGUAUAAAUAAAGUUAGUCUAUUUUAGGUUUUCUUCAGUAGUAACACUGGAUCAAUAAGUGAUGACCCUUACUGGACCUCUAGGGAGAAGUGUUUAGAACUGAUAGAGCUAUCCAGUAUAAAUAAAGUUAGUCUAUUUUAGGUUUUCUUCAGUAGUAACACUGGAUCAAUAAGUGAUGACCCUUACUGGACCUCAAGGGUGGGAAGAACAGUUUGAGACUGAUAGAGCUGUCCUGUAUAAAUAUCAACUAUUUAGGUUUCCUCCUGUAGUAACACUCGUGAAAGAGCUAUCUACUACAAAUAAAGUUAGUUUGAUUUAGGUUUCCUCCGGUAGUACACUGGAUCAAUAAGAGAUGAUUGUUACUGGACCUCCAGGGAGAACAGUUUAGAAUUAACUGAUAGAGCUAUCCAGUAUAAAUAAAGUUAGUUUAGUUCAGAUUAUAGUGUGUAUGAUAUAAUGGAGCAAUGGCAGCUACAGUAGAAUCUGUUGAGAAAAUGUUUUUAUUUUUUUUUUAAUUUUUACAGAAAAAGGAGGACGCCUCUUGAGCAGGUAGGAAAAGUUACCUAUUCUUGUUUUGUAUUAAACUUGCAGCAUCACGAUAAAUGCCAUAUAAACAAUGAGCAUAUCGCUGACAACAAACGAUUAUGUCACUCAAAAGGACCAAUUUCUAUUAACCAGUCUUCCUUUUAACAAAAGACCGGUUUUGCUCGAUAUGGACGUUAACAACAUCUUGUCUCCCACUUUGGGAAGGUACAGAUAAAGCUUUCUGAAAUCCUCAGUUCUGGCUCUAUCUCUAUAAAAUUAGAAGGACGUUAUAUAAUGCUUAGUUUUUUGGCUAUGUCUCUGGGCUGAGAAAUAAUUCUUUACACGCGAUCAAAAUGUUUUAUACAACGAUGUAAAACGGUAAAGUUAUGUAAUGGAUCAGCAUUUAAAUUUCCAACACAGUUUUUGAGACGUAAUUCAAGAGGUAACUUAUCAUUGUGUUUGAACUAUUAUAUCAGUUGGUGUUAUUCUGUGCGAUUAGCGAGUAUUAUUGGAAAGAGGGCUUUCAUAUACGUUGUAAUCACCACAUAAACAGCUCAUGCACACAUUUCUCCACUUCGUCGUAAGUUUACAGAGCAGAUUUUAUACUUUGGCACUGAUAUUUGUCUUUGAUGUGAACAUUUAUUCUUCUAGUUUAAGAUUAUUUAAGAGUGAUCCUGUCGUAAGUCUUCUACCAGCAACCCAUCGACAAUAUUUCAUUUUAGUGUUGUCUUUGCCGUUCCGUUGACUUUGCGUUACUUUUAUUUUAAAUUCCUUGAUCGCGUUGAAAGAGUUAUUUCUCAGCCCAGAGACAUAGCCAAAAGACUUAACAUUAACGUCCUUGGGAUUUUAUUGAGAUAAAGCCAGAACUGAGGAUUCUAGAAAGCUUUAUCUGUAUCAAAGUUGUAGACAAGCUAUGUUGUUUACGUUCAACACGCACAAUAUUACAUAACUCAAAAUGAUUUGAGCAAAACCAGUUUUUUGUUAAAAGGAAGACUGGUUAAUAGAAAUUGGUAUUCUUGAGUGACAUAAUCGUUUGUCGUCAUCGAUCCGUGUCGUUGAACAACGAAAAAAGUUGUCGUGAAAUUAGUGAAGAUAAAAUUAAAUUGCAGUUUGUGAGAAAACUGCAGGUCUACGGAGCGGGAACUUUUCGGAUCUCAGCGUGUUCGAAGGUGUUAGUUCCCGUAAAAAUAUAUCAGUUCCAAGACAUGGGAAAUGAAAGUGAACGAUAUCGGGACGCAUUGGUUGCCAUCUUUCACAUUGGUUGCCAUCUUUCACAUUGGUUGCCAUCUUCCCGUCGAUUGGCUAUGUAUAUGCUAAUUCCUCCUUUUGAACGAAUAUAUCAUACUUAUUUUUGCUUAUUUAACUUUAGGCGAGACUUUUUUUAUUUAUUGGUUUACGGAUUUGACUUUAAAAAUAAGAGGUCGGUAGGUCGGAAAAAAAAUUAAAAAAAAAACCGAACUGAGUAUAAAUGAGAACCGAAAUUAAUAAUCUUUAUAAAAUUUUUUAACGUCAAUUUAAAAAAAAAACGCAAAAAACGUGGCUAAUCUACAUAUUGAUUGUCACAACGAUAAUAUGAGCCAGCAGUACCUAGAGUCAAAGUUCACUUGAAGUGUACUUCAUGUCAGAACCCCAAAUUAAUUAAAAUUAACUAAAAUUGUAAAAUUUUUGACAUCCAAAUUUUUUAUUUUUAUUUUUCACUUUCUGAAUAUUUACGGUCGGCGGAUCCGUAAACCAAUGAAUAAAAAAAGUCUCGCCUUACUAUCAAAUGACUGAUGGUAAGGACAACAGGAUGUACGUGAGUCCCUAAUUAAGAACUAUCAUGCAAAAGCUUACAUUACAUAAUUACUUAUAGGUAUUACAAGAAUAGAUAUUAUAUAUAUAAACAUUAUGGCAUAAUAACAAUUAUUAUUAUACAUUGUAGUUAGUAAAAGCAAUUUGAUUGGCUAAGAGCUUACAGUUUAAAUCGCGCAAUCACGCAACCUACAGCAAAAUUCAGUUAUCUGCCAGCAGAUAACUGAGUUAUCUGCAAAUGAGCCUGCAAUUAGCAAGCGGUAUCUAUUUAACACAAACAAAUGUAUAAUAAAACAAUUAUUGAAUUCGGUUUUUGCGAUAUGCAAAAUUAUCAGGGUCUCGGUAAGCGUUAUCAGCCUCGCCUUCGGCUCGGCUGAUAACGCUUACCUCGAUCGACCUUCAUAAUUUCGCAUAUCACAAAAACCUCAUCCAAUAAUUGUUAAUAAUUACAUCUAUGAACAACAGUUUGUAAAGAACGACAUUUACUACACACAGUUUUCCAUGUUCUAGGACGGUCUACAUCAAAAGUACUGUUCAGCUUGUUAGUGUAAAAUAUAUAUAGUUUAGACUUAGAUGUAAUGCCAAUGUAAUGAUUGCAAUCUACAUAUUGUAUUCACGCCAUCUUUCAGCUUAAAGAGAAUGUGGACUAUGAAUACGAGACUGCAGAGAAGACGGACCUAUCAGAAAUGGGUAAUUACGAUCUGGUGGACGAACAAGGACGUUAUAAUGAUACGGUAGGAUCUGGAAAUAGUGAUACAUUCUAG